UCACAGAGUUCAUGCAGAGAGUGACAAGCGACGCUCUCGCUUCCGAUUUCCGUCUGGGCGUUCGAGAAAGCACUUCGCGCGCUCUCAAUAAGGUGCCGUGGCCUCUCUGCAACCAUCGUAUCUCUAUGGUGGGCCUGUUCCCAUCAGUUCUAUUUGCGCAGAAGAAUCUAUAAACCGCUUGCCCGUAAUGUAUUAAAACCCUCAGAAAAGCAAUAGGAGACGCAACAUGUAGAACUCCAUUGUUAUGUCAACUCCAGGCAAAAGGAGCAAACUAAUUUAAUUAUAUGGGCAAAGAGAAUGCAGCCGCUUGUGUUGGGUUGAUUUCGCUUGGGGAGAAAAGCUGUUUUUGUGUUUGUGUGUGUGUGUGUGUGUGUUUAUUUAGGGCACUUUAUAUCACGCUUUCUGGUGCUAAAAUCAAACUCAAGCUGCUUACGAUGAAAAUAUAAACCACCAAGAGCAAUCCCUAACUAAAUGUUUUAAAUAGUUUAGAUAAUGGGGUGUUUUAUUUCGUUACUGUAGCAACUUCAGGGUGAAUACUGGCGCCUAUUUUUCUAGAAAAAUAGCACUGUACACACCCAUGUCAAAACCAUAAAUGAGAACUAUCAGCUCACUGUGGGGAGGCAAAUCCAGUGCUUUUUUUCUAGGGGGACGCAUACCCCUAAAGAUUUUGUGAAUCUUUGGCCUCAUUGAGGGGCAGUAUUUCAAUAUGAGUAGGAAAAUGAGAGUACCCCUAAACAUUUUUAAAGAAAAAAGCACUGGUCAAAUCCAUAUGACUUUCUUUAGGUCAGGCUUUGUGACAGGUCUUUUAGGAAAAUAAGAAGCUAUCCUAACACCAGUUUGUUCCCACCUAGCUCAGUAUUGUCUACACUGGCUGAAAGCUGCUCUUGAGAGUUUCAGAAGGGGCUUUCUCAGCCCUACUGGGAGAUGCAAGAGAUGGAACACCCAGGACCUUCUGCAUGCAAAGCAGCCGCUCCAACAGACCAGCAGUCCUUUCUUUCCUUCACAGGCACACGGAAUUGUUAUGCAUGGAAUAAGGGAUGUGUUUUCUGCUCCGUUCGGAUUGCUACGCAAACUGUGUUUUUGCACAAAGGGUAAAGUCCACCAAGGUCACAAAGUAAUUUCAGUCUGGCCAUUUUGGCUGCAAAUGUUAAAGGACUGGAAGAAGAUUCGGCAUGGAUCAUGACAACAUAGAAAAGCUGGCGGCAGAGCUGCAUAAAAAGGGGAGUUCCUGGAGCCCUUUCCAGGUGGCAGCAAGCACCAGCUUGGUCCUUUAUUUUGCCUGGGCCGGAUCUCUUGCCCUAGGCUUGCACAAAGUGUAUUUACAGGUGCCAUAUGUACCCUCCAGUGUCAAGCAAGUGAGGAAUAUGAUGUCGCUGCUGCAGGGGCGCUCUGGGAAGCUGGUGGAUUUAGGAUCGGGUGAUGGCAGAAUUGUGCUGGAGGCUUACAAACAAGGCUUCAGGCCGACUGUUGGCUAUGAGCUCAAUCCAUGGCUUUUACAACUGUCCAACUUUCGUGCCUGGAGGGCUGGGUGCUAUGGAAAGGUUUUCUUCCGGCGAGAAGACCUUUGGAAGGCAGAUCUCUCUGACUGCAACAAUGUCACUGUGUUCCUGGCUCCCAGCUUGGUCCCGCUCCUGGAGAGGAAACUGCUUUCAGAACUCCCUGAUGGGGCCUGUGUGGUGGCCGCCCGCUUCCCUUUCCUCAACUGGACUCCUACCAGCAUUGCUGGAGACAGCUUAGAAACAGCCUGGGCCUAUAACAUCACGGCAGUACGGCAAGCAGGCAGGCAGAUGCCCAGCCAAAGGCUAAACCUGCUCCAUAAAACUCAGCUGUGCAGGGAAAAUGGAAAGGAUGCAUGAAAUCAACAACAGUGCCUUUUCUUUUGCUAGUAGUUGUCUUAACUAGUGGGGGGGGGGGAGUUAUUGGUUUGUGUUUGCUUUUGCUUUACUAUAUAUUUUGUAU